AUGUUGCUCUCGGCUUCCGUGAACUCCAUCUCGUCCAUGCCUUCUCCUGUGUUCCGGAGGAAAGUUCUUACCCGUCUGAACAUCUCUUGGAUCGAGGUCGAGUUCUCUAUGAAGGUCGAGGCCAUGGAGAGGCCUCUAGGUGCAAUGUCGCAGAUGCUGGACUUCACGUUGUUUGGGAUCCACUCGACAAAGUAGGGAGAGUUCUUGUUCUGGACAUUGAUCAUUUGUUCAUCCAUUUCUUUCGUGCUCAUCUUUCUCCAAAACAUGGCCGAGGCCGUAAGGUAG